GGCGCCGUGUGGAUACCACUGAUAGGCCCUCCGCUGGGAGGCCUAGAAUGUCUUGAGCCCAGGCUCCCCAACGACAUCAACUGUUCGGCUGUUCAGCUGACCGGGGGUGGACAAGCACUAGGACCCGGGAACCCGGGACGGAUCAGGCGUGCGCAUGGUCGAGACCAAGUUUUGCAUGCGGCUCAAAUUUCUGCGGCUGAGCGAAACGGUAAACCCGGUCUAGCUCGGCAAUUCAGCUCUGGUCUGGCUCGGGAGCUAAGGAGCUAGCGCCCAAUCUGGAUUUUUAUAUUGGCCAUCUGCGGCGCUACUGAAUGCAUUGACAGGGCACUUCCAUGUCGUUUGUGACUUUGUAUAAAUGCCCAAGACGAGCCGGCUCCUCAAGAGACGAGAGGUGAGAUGGGACACCAAGGCGAAUCCAACCUCCUUGGCUCCUCUCCCUUCAUUAACGUGGCCUCGCCUGUCCUUUCGUUCAUCCUCUCGCUGAAUCCCUUCCUUCCCCGCAGCAUCUGUGGAGUCCGUCCCGGUCGCCAUGAAGUCCGUCCUCGCUCUCGCCUUCCCGGCCCUGGCCGCCGCCGCUGCGGUGGCCCGCAGCCCAUGCAAUGCCGAUAACUGCCUCCGCGCCGUCCGCGCCACGCAGUUCCCGACUCGUCUCGAGGCCUGCUCCUCCUUCGUCGUGACCACCGUCACGCCGGCGACAUCGACUCACACCGAGACGGUCAAGGUGACGGCCGGCACCCCGGUCGUGACGCUUUCGGUGACCGACACCACCGUCAACACCGUCACCGCCACCUCGAUGGUCAAGGUCGACGAGACGCUCACGGUCGCGACGGUGACGCAGACGAAGACGCAGACGGUCGGCACGCCGCAGAAGCGCGCCGCCGCCGACGGCGACCAAGCCGUGACCGUCGUGCCCACGGCGAUCCCGGCCUACGCGUCGGCCUGCACCAGCGCCGCGCGCUUCUCGAGCGCCUGCUCGUGCGCCGGCGUCACCGGCAGCGUCACCACGGCCCCGACCCCGGUCACGACCGUCUACGUGACCGAGACGCAGACGCCCGCCGCCUCCACCCAGACCCUGGUCGUCGACACCACCGUCGUCCCGACCACGGCCGAGACCGUCUCGGUCACGCUCACGUCGACCGUCUCGGUCACGGCCACGGCCACCGUCGUGGUGGGGGUCUGCAAGGACGUCAGGGCCAACGGCAAGAUUUUCUCCGCGGGAACCGCCGGCACCGCUUACACGGAGAUGCCGGAGUUCACGACCCAGGUGGAGGCCAACGACGUGGGCACCGAUAGGUGCUGCUCCAUCUGCUACCAGGCGCCCGGCUGCGUCUUCUACCGCAAGUUCACGACCACCUGCAGGGUCUACCAGGCCACGCCGGCGUCCGCCGAUGGUGUGAGCGAUACGUGCCCCCGUGGCGUGACCAGCGGCUGGGUCUUCAGGAGCGUCAACACCGAUCCGGCCUAUACUUCGCCAUUGGGCAAAGGCCCUUGCUUUCCCGGCAACCAAUAAGAUGGCGGAGAAGCCCUAGCGAAGAGGCCCCGGUGGUGAUAGAUGAUAGAGGCUGUGUUUGAACAUGGCGCCUUCUGGCAGAACUGGUCAUUGUAUCAACGUCUG